GUCCGGAGGAGCGGGCGGGCGCGAGAUCUCCAAGAUCUUGCGGGCGGGCGCGACGGCGACAUGGACGACGACGCGCGCGAGCCCGCGCCGACGGUCGAGGUCGACGCGAACCCACCUCCUGAUGCGCGCGAUGAAGCGUCCGAACCCGCGCCGCCGACGGCUUCCGAUCCAGAUGGCGGCGACGAGGGAGCGACCGCGACGGGGGACGACGUCGGCGACGCCGACGCGCCCGAGGACGACGAGGAGUCGGAGUCGGAGGAGGAGUCCGAAGACGACGAACCCGACGGGGAGGAGUACGAGAGACUGCGGCAGCUCAACAUCCAGCGCAACCGCGAGCUCAUGAUGAGCCUCAGCCUGAACAAGAUGGCGGACAAGCUGAAACCGACGGAGGAGAAGAAACGCCGGGGACCGACGCCGGGCGUCCCGCGAAAAAAACGAGGCCAAGUCGCGCCGUCGCGGGGCUCGAGCCGCAUCCAACGCCUGCAAGAAGAACGAAAGCACACGGCGUGGAAGGACGUCCACAUCGAGCAACCGAUCCGAUCGCACCCGCACUGCAUCGUCGAGCUCGACAUCGUGUGCCUCGGCAUCGCGGAUCCGGAGCGAACGCUGCCCGACGGCUCGCUGAUCCCCGCGGGAUUCUUCGCAGAGGGCGAUUUCAUGUCCGAACCUCUGUUCGCGUGGACGGACAUCAACGGCACGCACCGGGUGAUGUGGGGCGACAGCGAGGGCGAGUACCAACGAUACGUGGAGACGGAGGACGGAGGAGCGAUCAGCGCCGGGGACGCGUGCGUGUGCAUCUUACGCGAGAUGCAACGACGACGCCUGGAGCUGCUCGGCGCGACGUCGGGGGAGGGCGUCUCGGAGCCGACCGGCAUUCGCAUUCACCAGGCGCACUUGCCACCGCUCAAGAAAGAAGGCUCGAACCCUAUCGUUAAGUUAAGGACGAAGCCGUACGUCCGGAAGCAGAAGGCGCACACGAAGCCUAAAGGCAUCACUAAGGCGACCUCGGGGCCCUCGGAACCAAAAUGUCGCAACUGCGGCUGCUUGCGCGAGAACACGACGAAGAUGCGACCUGGACCCUCCGGUCUCGGGUCGUUGUGCAACGCGUGUGGGAUGUAUUGGGCGACCCAAGGGCGUCUGCGACCAGCGGGGGUGAUGGACGAUGACUACGAACGAGCGGUACCACCUGGGCAAGAGCCUGCGAAGCCCCUCGUGUACAAGUUGAAGACCACGUUCGAGAACGCGGUCUCGUCCGCGCCGGUCGGCGCGGCGAAAGGAGACGAACACGGCGACGACUUGCCGAUCAGCGCGAUGAAGGUUCCGGUGAAACAGGAGUCGGAUGAGGAAGAUGACGACGAAGAGGAAGAGGAGGAAGAUGAGAAAGAGGAGGAUAACCUCACGGCCAUCUUCGAACCGUACACCUCGAAGCCGAACGCGUUUUUUCAAAAUAUGGUCAAGUGCGCGAGAGCGGGGCUCGUCACGCCCGCGAUGGUUGGCGCGGAUGACUUUCCCGAGGUGUUGGAAGAAGGAGCUCCCGCUCCGAGAUGGGCUGCGCACAUUUACGCGCCGUACCCUCCCAUGGUCGCGGUAACUGAAGAGGCUGUGUACCAGGUGAAGACGGAUCCGCAAAACUCUUCUCUCGCGAAGGCGGCGGCGAUCGUCGCGGACUCGGAGCCGGUCAUCGCGUCCACGGUGGAGCGCAUCAACGAUUACCCCGCGCAGGCGUCUUACGUGCAGCGAUCCGCCGCGGUAUGUUUCGCGGGCUACGGCGCGCUCGCCACGGGCACGUCCUCGCCCUCGCUCUUCCCCACGACGUUCGCGAUGCCGAGCAUGGUCCGCCCGAGGGCCUACCGAGAGCACGACAUCGACGGCAUCGCGUUGUUCGGGUACACUGAGCCGGACGUGCAGCUGUCUUUGCGAGCGCAGCUCGAGAAGUACGGCCAGAAGCGCGACGCGGAGGGGGAAGCCGCGGAGGCGAAGGAGCGCGCGGCGGACGUCGCGGAAGCGAUCGCGGCGCUGGAGCACCACGUUUCUAGGGCGCGAAAAAUCUUGACGAAGAUCUCCGCGGCGGCGGAUCGAGAGGCUCGGAACGCGCGCGCUGUGCCUCGUCUGGAGAUCGCGGGCGAGGCGGCGAUUCUCUGUCCCCCGCUCCCGAAGGCGGAUUCCGGAAAGGGAGCGAAGCGGGUCAAGGGGGACGGCAGCAACAAGGGCGGCGGCGGCGACGACGGCGAGCCCACUGGAUUUCUCUACGAGGAUGUCAUGGCGGAGCUUGAGGGCCCCGAAGACAUCCCCACCCCUAUUAAAGUCAUGUGCGGCAGCGCGCCGCGCGGGGAAUGGCAAACAUACGGUCGUCCGCGCGAAGAGAAGAUCAUUCUUUCGGGGAAAGGCGGAGAUGCGGUGACCCCGGCGGAGUACGAGCGCCUCGGCGGCUGCGGUCAGUCGAAGAAGUGGAGGAAAUCGAUUCACGUCGUGAAGAAAGACGGCAGCGAGGGCAUCGCGAUCGGGGAUUACCUCGCUCACCUAGGAGGCAAGAAGGGCGAGUCCAUCGUAGGGCGGCGCAUCGGUCUGUAUUGGCCCCUCGACGAGUGCUUCUACCUCGGUACCGUCGAUGAGUUCAUGCCGACGACUGGUGAGCACACGGUUCGUUACGACGACGGCGAGGCUGAAGAUUUACUCCUCCCGAUGCAGCGCGUGAAGUGGUUAAACUCGGACGUCGGCAAGGCAGGGCAAGGCACGCUGGCGAGCUCAGAAGAUACUCUCGCAACCACCGCGAAGGAUCAAAAGACGGCGGAGGAGAUCAAAUCGGACGAGGCUUUAGCCGCGGUGAAGGCGUGGGAGGUCGAGGCCUCCGCGCGCGAGGCGAAACGCGUCGAGGAAGAAGCGAAGGGCAUUUUAAGCCCCGAGGGUCGGACGCGCAUGACCAUGGGCGCGUUCGACAUCUGGGUCAUGAACCCGGCGCAGAUGCGCAUGCGCAACUCCGAGCGCCGUAAAUGCUUCGAGAUCCUCACCAUCCUGCGGAACGUUGCCGACCCGGACGACGACCCGGACGACGAAGAAGAGCCUCCGCGGCUUCUCAUCGAAGUCUUCGAGAAGCUUCCCACCCCUCGCGAGCUCCCCGAGUACUACGAAAUCAUUCGCUGCCCCGUGGACUGCCGCAGCAUCGAGCGCAUGCUGAGACGCCCGACGGAUCGUUCGUACGCGUCGCCUUGGUUAUUCGCGUGCGCGGUGGAGCUGAUGCUCACGAACGCGCAGGUGUACAACGACGAGGGCUCGCAGAUUUACGAAGAGGCGGGGAUCCUGAGACACGCGUUCAUCGCGGCGAUGCGCGAGCGCUUCCCCGGUCAGCCGCUGCCGUCGAAGUUCAAGUUGUACGAGUGUUGCGACGAGCCGGUGUGGCUUCGACCGCCGAAAUGGUCCGCCCCUGGCGUGGAAGACGUCGAGGACGAGCCCGAUCCGUUUGGUCCGUUGGACUGGGAAACCGCCCAGGCCGACGACGACGAAGAACGCGCGGUCGCGAGAGCGAUCACGGCGGGUGGUGCCGUGUACGGAGGCAAAAGUUCGAUUUGGAACGCCCCGUCGGUCACCCGGGGCCCCGGUCGGCCGAAGAGGGACGUCGUGUACGUCGACGACGAAGCAGACGACGACGACGAGAGGUACGACCCGAAGAAGAGGAACGGCGGCGGCACGCGCAGCCGAGGCGGCGGCGGCGGCGGCGGCGGGCACAAACGUAAGUCGCUGGCGGGGCCGCCUCUCGGCCCAGCCGCGGCCGCGGCGAAGGCUGCGCUGGACGAGGCGGGCGGAGAGCCGCUCACGCUCGACGACCUCGUCGCCGCGGCGGAGAAGGCGAAGGCGCCGGAGAUUGCGGGCGCGCGACGCCCUGGGUCGACCAUCCUCAGCGUUUUGAGACAACACCCGGACGUGUUCGUGGAAUCGCUCACGGGCACGGGGAGCAAGUUCAGCCUCAACCCGAACUUGGACUACGACGACGCGGACGACGAUUAUUACGGCCCGUCGCGUACGUCCAACCGCUCGAAGUCGAAGAAGCGUUACGUGGAGCCGGACGAGGAUGAUUUCAACGAUCGUUUCGACGAAGAAGCGCAGGCGAAUUCGAAGCGUAAACGCGGCGGGUAUCGCUCGGACGAGGAGGAAACCUACGACGGUCUGUCGCCGACGCAGGAAGCUGCGUGCAAGACGAUAUUAUCCACCGCGCGCGCGCUGAAGGAUCGCAAAGGACGGGUAGUCGCGGAGCUCUUCGAGCUCUUGCCGACGCGGAAGCAGCUGCCGGAUUAUUACCGACAAAUCGCGAACCCGAUCGAUUUUCAGUCCAUCGCGAAGUGCUUCAAACAGCGCGGCUACAAGACGAUGUGGAGCUUCCUCUGCGCGAUGGAGCUCAUGUUCAGCAACGCGCAGGUGUACAACGAGGAGCACAGCGAGCUGUGGGAGGACGCAAAUACGCUUCGGAAGUGCGUCAAGAACACCCUGAACAAGGCGAUUCCCGGGCAUCCUUUCCCCGAGCCUUUGUCCGUGUACGACGAGAAAUUGUGCCAGGACCCCGGGUGGAAACCGCCGUCUUCGAAGAAACCGAAAGAAGGGCAGCUCAAGGUGAGUUUCACGGUCGGGGGUAAGUCACAAGGCGGCGCGCUGAAGUUGCAGAUGAACAAAGGGAAGGUCGAGAUGCCCUCGUUCGGAAAAUGCGGCGAGUGCGAAACCUGCAUCGGCAGGAAGGGGAAGAAAUGCUACGACGUCUCGAUGAAGGAAUCGGCGUUCAGGAAUCACGAAGGCGCGAAGGUCGCGUCGAUGGGCGCCAAAGCGGUGGGGACUGCCCUCGAGAUUCUGUGGCCUGAUGACGAGACGUUUUACCCGUGUAAAGUCACCGCGUACAACGCGAGGAAUCGGUCGCACAUGGUGAAGUACGACGCCGACGGCAUCACGGAGGACAUCCAGCUGUGGGAGGAGAACGAAGAGGUGCGCCUUCGAUCGAGUGGUCGGCGUCGAUAG